UUUCAUAUUCCUAAAGAUGGCUGAUGCCUUUGUGUCAUUUGCAGUUCAAAAAUUGGGUGAUUUCCUCAUUCAGGAAAUUAACCUACGUUUAAGCCUAAGAGAGGAUAUGCAGUGGGUGCGAAAUGAGCUUCUCUUCAUGCAGUCUUUCCUCAAAGAUGCAGAACUAAAACAAUGUGGAGAUUAUAGAGUUCAACAAUGGGUGUUUGAAAUCAAUUCUGUUGCGAAUGAUGCUGUCUCUAUACUCGAGACUUACAGCUUUGAGACUGGUAAACAUGCUAGUCGUCUCAAGGCUUGCGCUUGCAUAUGUAGGAAACAGAAGAAAUUCCACAAUGUUGCCAAGGAGAUCCAAUCACUCAAGCAACGAAUCAUGGAUAUCUCUCGCAAACGAGAUACUUAUUGUAUUACAAAUAUCAAUAGUAAUGCUGGAGAAGGGCCAAGUAAUCAGGUUGCAACAUGGAGGAGAACUACCUCAUAUAUAGAUGAUGAUCACAUUUUUGUUGGCUUUCAGGAUGUUGUACAAACAUUGCUAUCUGAACUUUUCAAAGAAGAGCCUCGUCGAAGUGUCCUCUCCAUUUAUGGAAUGGGCGGUUUAGGCAAGACCACUCUUGCGAGGAAACUUUACACCAAUCCUAAUAUCGCCUCUAGCUUCCCUACACGCGCUUGGAUAUGUGUUUCUCAAGAGUACAACACAAUGGAUCUUCUUAAAACUAUCAUAAAAUCCAUCCAAGGUUGCACCAAGGAAACUCUAGAUUUGUUGGAAAGGAUGAUAGAAAGAGAUCUAGAAAUAUACCAUCGUGAUCUAUUGAAAGAACGCAAAUACCUUGUGGUGGUUGAUGAUGUAUGGCAGAGAGAAGCAUGGGAGAGUUUGAAAAGAGCAUUCCCAGAUAGUAAUAAUGGAAGCAGUCAUUAUUACCACGCGCAAAGAGGAUGUCGAUGA